AUAACGAAUAGAUGUUUUUUAAGGGACUGUAUGGCGCAGCUCGUCAGCCAUAUUCUAUACAUGCUAGAUAUCAUCAAAAACAACCAACGAGGAUUUUGUAUGUAAAUAAGCCAAAUAUGGCAUCCAGGUCAGAUUUCAAUGAAGGAAAAACAAAAUCUCCUCUUCCAGAUCGUAGACAUGAGCAAAUGAAUUACUCAGAAGCAUAUUAUCACAUGCAGACAGAUGAGAAAAGCUAUGCCUAUCUCAGAAAAUACAAUCCAGAAAUCAGGUACAAAGAAGACGUCAUCAAUGUGUAUAAAUUUUUGAUCCAAGAAUCCAAAGAGAUAAUGCUACAAAGGGAGCAAACAUGCUUCCUUGCAAUGGAGUACUUCUUGCAAACAAUGAUAAGAUGUCAAAAUCUUCGAAGAAAUGAAAUAGGAAUAAUUGCAGCUGCUGCUUUAAUGGUGGCCUCUAAAUUUGAUGAACUCGAUUAUAAUCUUCUUCCCGCCUCAGACAUAAUAUACUUUAUGAAGUCUUCACCAGCUGUGAGGCAUUACGAUAAUACGUUUGAUGAAAAGGACUUAAUCGAAUGCGAGAAAAAUAUACUAGAUCGUCUAGAUUGGAGGAUUCACCAAUAUACUGCCUUCCACUUCUUGGAAAAUUUUAUAAUGCAAGGAAUUGAUAUCAAUUUUCAUGAUUCUCUUUCUGAGAGAAAAUGAUCUGGUGAUAUGACCACUAACGUCACAAACAGUUCAUUUGAAUCCAGUAUUCCACCAAGAGCAAGCAAGAAUAUGUUUCAACACCCUAAAAGCUUAAAUAGAUCCUUCCAAAGUUCACCUAAAUUUAUGAAUAAAGCGGCUGGAGCUACUCUAGUGAGAAAACAAAUAAAUGGAAGCCAUAAAGCCACCCCAGAAACGAAAAAGACACCAGGGAAUAGAAUGAAUUCUCAAGAGGUUAAGAAGUUCUUUGAGUUAUGAGAAUAUUUAAUCAAGCUCUCGUGCAUCAUAUUAGAGACCCAAGACUUUAAAGCAUCCAAAGUUGCUGCUGCUUGAGUUAUGACUAGCAGAAAAAUUAUGAAUGUCCAGCCUAUCUGGUGAACCCAACUAGAAACAAUCACAUCGUACACUUACAUUGAUCUAACGAAAUGAGUAAACUUGCUCUUGGACAAUUAUAAUAGCAUUAAAAUCAACGGUAAAGUUUUUCCAGUUUCCGAAAUCUUCGGAAGACAGCCGUACGCUUAUAAGAAAAUAACUCCAAUAAAAUCUCUGCUUGAGUCAGAAAAAUUGAAUAUAAAGUGAAACGGAUCAGUAUCACCCACACAAAGUCGAGUCCCUAUCAGACCUAAACUCAGCCUUAAGAAGAUAAAGUCAACGAUAGAUGAAACAAGAAGCCGGGGGAUAAAAAGAAAUAAUUACGACACAUAUUUACAAAUGUCACCAUCUGGAAUCUUGGGAAAUCUGCUCAAGAAGAAGCGAAAAUGAAUUCAAAAUAAUUCUUCUGUCAGCAAUGUUUCUGACCUUAAGAAAGCGUCUUUUUCGAAAUUUGCUGUUAUACAUUCUGAUGAUGAUUCCGAUACAAGCUCAGACACAAGUAGUUCAAUAGGUUCAAAGAAGAUCUGAUUUAAAAAUAUUAUUACUGUUAUUCAUGGAAGUAAAAGGCUAAUUGAAGAAAUUAACGACACUGAGGAAGGACCUAAAUUAGCUAAUAAAACAAGAUGAGCUCCAAAGCCAUUCUUACUCCAAAAGAAUAACAGCUGAGGACAAAAACCUUCCAAUCCUACUGCAAAAAGUAUUUAUGAUAAGUACAAGACACCACUGGAUACAAAACUUCCCAGAGCUAAAUCAACAUUGUACAAGAUAUCCAAAAAGAAACACCCGUCUAAAAUUAUGAAAUCAAAGCAACCAAAGCUUUCUUCCCAAGAUUCUUAUCCUAGUUUGCCUUCUUCCAGACUCUCGAGCAUCUCAAAGGCUCCAUUAGCAAGAUUAUAAAUUCACUGGAGUGAAAUGUGAACAACUUCAAGCUUAAAGAAGUGACAACGAGAAACCCUAUCAAAACAAUUACUAAAUCUUUCACCAAGAAGCUUAAAUGCCAAGAAUUAAGCAAAUUUAAGAAAAAUCCCUUAUAGGUUUUUACAAUUUAGGUGAUAUAAAAUAAAGAAUCUUCUUUCA